AUGACGUUAGUGGAACCUUUUUGGAGUUGGGAUUCACGAAUUGCACAACUAGUAUCUUCUCAAAAAUAUCUAAGUUCCUUUAUAAUGAAACGAGGCAAAUGUACGGAUGCAUUGAUUUCUGCAUUGGAAUUGCACGCAGAUUCUCUGCGACUUAUCCAUUUUCGUAGGGUGGAUUUUUCAAAAUGUACUUCAAUUGGCACUUUUAAAUCAAAUUGUAAAAACUUGGAAGUAUUAAUAAUCCAUGGCUGUAAAUAUUUGUCAGGGAAUGUGCGCGAAGAACUGAUUCACGCAUCAUUUCCUAAAUUGGUUGAACUUGAUGUUAACGGGACUGAUUUUGAUGGAACAAUGGCUUCAUGGAAUAAUUGUGUGGGUAAACGUAAUGAACACCAAGAAUUAAAAUUCUACUGA